GCGGAAGUGGCAUUUUGACUCUCGCCUUUCAGCAGGAACUUUCCUUGAUUUCUUCGCAACAAAAUGGAUUGGAGCAAAGGUGGCGAUAUUCAUAGUCAAACGCAUGACACCUGUCACCAAGGACAUUCAGGUCAUUCACACAGUCAUGGGCCAAGAGCGGUGGUGUUUAGCAGGACGGGGCUCCCGUUCGUACCCUCUUUUCACGGACAGUUUGGCAACAAUGCAGAUGAGGCGUUGGACAUCAGUCAACAGCCAAAGAAACGGUCGCACCUGGAUGACAGCAGCAGCUGGGACAUAGUGAAGGCAUCACAGUUUGGCAUCUUGGAUCGCUGUAAGGAGCUGGUGGAAGCUGGAUACGAUGUCAGACAGCUAGACAAGGAAAACGUGUCUCUGUUGCACUGGGCGGCCAUCAACAAUCGCUUGGAGCUGGUCAAGUAUUACAUUUCUAAAGGGGCAAUAGUUGACCAGCUUGGAGGAGACCUGAACUCUACACCUCUUCAUUGGGCCAUAAGACAGGGCCACCUUCCCAUGGUCAUUCAACUCAUAAGAUAUGGCGCAGAUCCCUCCAUUGCAGAUGGAGAAGGUUAUCGUGCUCUUCACCUUGCCAUCCUCUUCCAGCACAUGGCUAUAGCAGCUUAUCUUAUGGCCAAGGGACAGGAAGUUGAUGGACCUGACUGCAAUGGACAGACACCUCUGAUGUUAGCAGCCCAGAAGAUUAUUGGGCCUGAGCCCACUAAUUUCUUAAUCAAAAACAACGCUUCCGUGAGUGCCGUGGACAAAGUGAACAGGAACACUCCCCUUCACUGUGCCGUGCUGGCGGGCAACGUCGACGCUACAUAUGUCCUGCUGGAGGCUGGUGCCAGCUUGGAUCUAGAAAACAUCAAUGGCCACACACCUCUCGAGCUAGCCCACCAGGUGCACAGCCCCCUACUUAUCUACAUGCUCAACCAAGUCAAGCAGGAGAGGAUUCGCGCCAACUCGCGCUGUUUACGAAUUGUCACCAAAUACAAAGUGUUUCUGCAGUUUUUACUCUCCACUGCCAUGUUUGGCUGUUUGGCUGCCAUAUUGGAUAUGAAAUCAGACUCCUGGUUGCUCAAAGGGAUCCUGCUAGUAUGCGUGGUUGGUGCAGUCAGUUUGGCUACAAGGAAUUUCCCUAGUGCAGUGUUUAAGUCACUCCUACCAGCUACAACUCUUAUGGCCUCUAUCUUCUGGAUGGUUGUCACUUGGUGCUUCUGGUUCCUUCCACAUGGUCACAGCACCACAGUCCAGGUUCUUUUCACACUCAACGCCACAGCUCUGCUCUACUACUACCUCCGUGCCUGCAGGACUGACCCUGGCUUUGUCAAGGCAACUGAAGAAGAGAAAAACAUGAAUGUGUUGUUGUUGGCUGAGGCUGGCUGUCUGGACCCCAGUAUAUUCUGCACUUCCUGCAUGAUAAAGAAACCGGUUAGAGCCAGCCACUGCCAGAGAUGUGAUGCCUGUGUAGCGAAGCAGGACCAUCAUUCUGUUUGGACCAACACCUGCAUUGGUGCCAGGAACCAUCUUUACUUCGUCCUCUUCCUGCUCUCCCUGUUGCUAAUGGGUGUCUGGAUGUUCUACGGUUGUGUUGUGUACUGGUCAACACAUUGCAUGCUGCACUAUGAGCAGCAGGGUCUGGUGGGAGUGGCCUUUGCCGUGGUGGACUGCUCUCCAUGGUUGCUGUGCGUCUUCUUGGUGGCCUUGUACCACACCUGCUGGUCCAGCUUCAUCCUGCUCCUGCAGCUCUACCAGAUCGCCUUUCUUGGACUGACCACAGCUGAGAGGAUGAGCCUGAUGAUGCACGCAAGAAAACACAGACAAUCCUUGUCCUUGUCCCACAAUCCAUACAAUUUGGGCGUCGUUAGGAACCUGGUGUCCUUCUUCCAGCUGCGAUGCUGCGGCCUCUUCAAACCGGCCAUCAUCGACUGGACGCAGCAGUUCCCGCCAGGCUGUGACCAGCGCUUGUUCAGACACACGGACAUGGUGUGAUGCUCAGGGGAGACCUUACCAGUGGCUUUGGACCAAAAUGCACAGUGUAUUUAUUUAUUUUUCUAAAUGCUCUAAAGGCUCAUUGUCAAGUGAAACCACUCCAGUAGAUUUGAGGGGGGGGGGAUUUUUUAUUUAAACAAGCAAAGUGCUGAUAGUUUUACUUUUUGUACAGCCUGCUGCUGCCUUUUGACCUGUGGAAGUCAAACAAAUCACUUGCAAACGUAUUGCAGAAAUGUAAAAUUGUUAUUGACAUUUUGGGCUCUAUAGUCGUAGACUGCGCAACAUGUGCCAUAGCGCCAAAUGGUGCGCAUCCUGAUAUUCGUGCCGGCGCAAGGCUCGCUGCACGUGUUCCCCAAUUUGACAGACCGGUCUGCGCCCAGCUGGGCGGUGUUGUGGUGGGUAAUUAUUAUUAUCAUCAUUUUAUUUGUUUUAAAUCCCACCUACUGCCUGGUACACCGCGAUGGGGUUUGGGGACGUGGCAGGUGGAAACGAUCGUUUGAGGGGAUAUAAAUGGGGACUGGGGACACAUUUAAGUCGUCAGUGAUUUUUUUUUUUUUUGUUUUUUUUUUUUAAUUUAUUUUUUAUUUUUUUUUAUAUCCCCCACCACCUCAUUCUGUAUUAAGGGAAUACCGCCAACAUUCAAUGCUGCAGUCUCACAUGGGUCGCUGAGUCCUCGUUCACAUAUAUGAUGUCACCAUAUGCGAGAAUACACCGUGUGCAGAAUUAUUAGGCAAGUAUUUUCACCAUAUCAUGACUUUUAGGCAUAUUUCGUAGUUCGCAGCUGGGAAAAACUUGAAUACUUCAUGGAUUUAAGCACAGCAGGUGCUGUGUAAUGAGUGUGGGUGUGGCCUCAGGAGAUCACCCUAUAUAAAGGUUUGCAUAAUUAUAGGCAGCUUUUCUUUCGUCAAAAGGGGCCCAAAAAAUGAUUUAACUGACUGAAAAGUCAAAAAGGAUCAAGUGUCACGGGGGGAUGGAGCAUGUGUGAUCACAGAACCACCACGUUUUUCAGCGAAGAGUCAACAGGGUUGCAAGAAAUGUGAUGAGAGAAAAGAACACAUUAACGGCCAAGGAUUUGAGAGGAAUCACUGAACAAGACACAAGCUGAAGCCUCUCGACUAGGCCAAGAAAUAUCUGAAGACAGAUUUCUCAGAGGUUUUAUAUACUGAUGAAAUGAGAGUGACUCUUGAUGGACCAGACGGAUGGGCCUGUGGCCGGAUCACUGACGGGCACAGAGCUCCGCUUUGACUGGAAGUGGAGGUAGGAUACUGGUAUGGUCUGAUAUUAUUAAAGAUGAGCUGGUUGGACAUUUUCAGGUUCAAGAUGUGCUCAGGAUGAACUCCCAAACAUACUGUGAGUUUUUAGAAGACACUUUUGUCAGGUAGUGUUGGAGAAAGAAGUCUGCAUCUUUCAAAAAUGCAUCCAAGUGCUGCUCUGCGUGGCUAGACGCCAAAGGCACCCCUUCCUCACCUGACCUGAACCCAAUUGAGAACUUGGGCAGUCCUUAAACAGGAGAUAUACAGUAUACAGUGAAGGAAAACAGUACCCCUCUCUGUGGUUUCUGCUGCACAAAAACCAAGAAACUAACGCAAUCCAUGGAUGCAAGACUUAUCACCAUUGAAAAUAAGCAUGGCUAUAUUGAUUGAUAGAUAAUAUAGCAGUUUCUAUCCAUUUCUAUUGGAAAGUUUUGAGUUGUUUAUAAUUCUCCCGCGUGAAAAUGUGUUAAACGAGAAUACAAAUGUGAGACGGGAAAAUGGUUUUCAUUUAGUUGCUUAAUAAUUCUGCACACCAAUAGUUGCCGAAUUUCUUACAGAUUGAAAUUCUCCUAAGAAAGCCUCAACUUCAAUUUUACUUACUAACCUUUUAGAAUAACAUAAAAGCACUGUGGUUGGUGAUUAAUAAAAAGAAUCCUCAAAAAUGACUUUCUUAAUAAUUAUGCAGACUGUAUUUGCGCUGCUUUUAAAGAAAUUGAACAACCGGCUUUGACUGGAGAGGACUGAAGUAUGCCCACAGCAGCGCAGACGUUCCAUUUUAAAUGCGCUGGGGGUACGCCGGUCCACGAAAGUAGCAAAAUCUGUGCAGAAUGAGCAGACAGAUACACUAAGUCUGCGCGCGACUUGGAUCAGACGCGUUUCAUUCAUAAAUAUGUGAACGGUGGACAUCAAACCCUCUGAAUCGUUGCAGAAAGCAGUUCAUUGAAGACAUCAUUAUUAGCCCAUUUUAUUUUGUUUAAAUCACCCAACUGGCAAGCACACAUGCACAAACAAACAAAGCAACCGUGGAUAUGGAUUAAUUCCAAAGACGCACUGUAUUUAAAUCGCACGCGGUUAGUAUAUCACCAGCUCACCAGUCACCAGUCUUUUACCUCAAGUGACAAUGGCACGGAUCGCUCUCUCUCCAUGCAUGCGUGACCUUCAUUGCGCCUCAUUUAAAGGAAAUAAAUGAAUAGGCCGCUUGCUUUGAUUGGCGGAGAAUAAAGUCAGUGUUUUUGCCCACGGGCACAGACAGCCCCCGUUUCUAAAUACGCCGACUGCGCAUGUCUGCGUGAUUAUGACAACUCAGUCUAACCUAUCCCCUCGCAGAGAUGUGCAGCGCACCGCGCGGGCUAUGCGCCAGUCAGGACAAUAGAGCCCUUGAGUUUAUUCACACGUCAAGCUUAUUUUUUAACCGUGCUCCCUGAAAGUAAAGAUGUUUCUACGUGCUAAGUCUUGUUUUGUAAGAAUGGCAUGCGUUUCAUAAUGAAAAGCCACUAUGAUACUUAAAUAAAGCAAUUUGUGUAUUCUUAGUCAGACGUGUGGAUAUUUGUGGAAUUCUGAAGGCCUGUAAAGACUGUCAAACUUUGGCCAACUGUCUUUACACAAACAUCCACAUUCAGCUACUCACACACUCAUCGUUUGACGACAAUACAUUGUUUACAUACACAUUUUCCUUUCAAUCUACUGUUAAUAUGCUUUGUGUGCGGCCUUCGCCCACUCCUUCUAUAUUGUGUCACGUCUGUCAACUUUGACGCAAAAGCAGACAUGAGUAUGUGCUCUUUUUAUUAUUCCUGUUGUUUACCCGUUAGCAGGUCAUUGUAUCGUUUAGUUGCGUUC